CACCUACUGAGUUUACACUCAAAAUACAGACCACCAGCGUUUUGCUUUUUUAAUCUCAGUGUUUACUCAAUAUGUGAUUAUUAACUUUUGCUCAAAAGUGUGCGUGCCAAGGUCACAUUUAAAAAAAAUGCUUACUUAUACCAAAUUCACACACACGCACACACACACCUGCUAGUGGAGUGCUGUUCGAGUUGCUGCUGGACCUGCGUCUGCUCGCAGGAGGACUACAUUAUUCUGGACGUUCUCUGACUUUACGUUCGCGGUCAAGAAAGAUAACAGGAGUCUACUGUCUAGUAAUGUAGCGUACGCUGUUAAAAUCAGUUCCGCCACCUGUGCGCUUUUAUUUGCAGUGAGAGCGAAAAGCGCGUGAUAGACAGCGCGCAGUCAUUCGCUCCUCCGCACGAGACUCGUCGGGAUGUCAGCCGCUGCUCGCAGAAACUCGUCCAAAACAGGCAACGGCGUGGAGCCCGAUCCAGAUAGGGUUCGGACCCUACGGAGAGAACUGUCGAAUGAGUACACGCGCAAUGAACUGGAUAAUAUCAUGGAGUCUUCAUCUAGAGAUUAUAGGAUCUCCAGAGGAAGUUUUAAAGGUACUCCAGGAGCCUCGGAUGAUAAUGUACCUACAGUGCUGGCUAUGCAGCUGACUAUGGUGGAGGGGCCGGAUCGACUUCCUGCCGAUGAGAACACACAGGAAGUGCUCUGCAGGAAGCUCUGUGUGCUGGAAGCUGACCUCUCAGGGGUUGUCACCUUGAUAUCUGAACUGUCUGCUCAUUUUGUAUCCAUUUACAGUGAGGAAAGGACUAUAUUUAUCACUUUUAAAACCAUUGAUGAUAUAUGGAGGUUCAGCACCUACUACAGAAUGGGCUUCUUGGGUCAGUGUAUGGAAAAUCUCCUCAUGGACCAGGAGUUUUGGUUAACCUCCCUUGACCACCAUUCAGGAAUUGAGAUCUCAAUUAAAGAGGAGACACUAAAUUUAAUGUACAAAGGUUUUCUAAUGCAAGAAGGGUCUUUCUUUGGAUGCUGCACAGCCAAUCAGAUGUUUGACAGCUCAACAUCAGGAAAGGACCUUUAUCUAGAGAAGGGGGACAUCGCUCUGUUUGAGCCUCCCUUUUUAGGGUCAGGCUGGACUGUCCUGUCACUAGCAGAGGGGUCUAGAGGAACCAAAGCAAAGCCAGCUCUGGAGCCAGUCACCCCCUUUCAUGAGUGGUUUUUAAAGUCCUGCCCAGAGACUGUGUUAGUGGGUGGAGGAAAGGACACUAUUGACCUCCCAUUCCAGAUUGCGGUAGGAGUGUGUGAGACCAUAGAGGACUAUGACGCUGAUGGGCCUGAUGAACUGAGCUUCCAGACUGGUGAACGCAUCAUCAUCCAGGGCCUGCUGGUGGCCUGUUUUGAAUGGUUUAUGGGGCAAUCAGAGAAAACUGGGGAUACUGGACUUGUCAAAACAAGACUAGUCAAAGCCACCGGUUCUUUUUGUGAAUCAUCUGACAUGUUCUUGAAGGAUGAGGACAGACAAAUUGUUACUUUGGAUCAUGAGCAAAUUAAAGAGGAGACUCUUUCUUUAUUGAAGAAAACAUGCCAGUGUGAUGUUGGCACAAACUACAAACUUGAUGUGGCAAAAGAAAUUUCAGGUUCAGUUCAAAGCAAGAGUCAUCAAACAGAAGUCAGCAAUUUAAAACAGAAAGUCAGCCACGUAUUGAGUGAGGCACAAGAGACUCAAAGAAAUGAGGUUUCAGCGCUGAUCAUCAAUCACCAGAAGGAGAAACAAAGAAAUGACACAGAAGUGUCCCAGGACACCCCUCGUUUUUCUGUCUGCUCAGAUAAGGAAGGCAGCAGUCCAGAUGAACAUCACGCUCUCCUCUCCUUCUUGAGCAGUCGUGAGCACCAGCCAGAGUUCACCCUCUUAUACAGAGCUUACCCAGAAUUCCUCAUGACACAUUUUGAGGGUCACUCUGAUGAAGAGGAUAUAGUAACGUAUUUAGGCAUAGCUCGAGAACUGGCACGGAAGAAGCGUGUCUCAUGGGCACAGAGCCGUAUCUGUUUUCUUCUCGGACAGCUUUGUGCAGGGAGAUCAAAGUUCUCUCAAGCUCGUGUUUAUUAUGAAGAAGCCUUAAAUGUACCUCGGGAUAGUUUCUCAGACAUGCUUCUGCUCUCUGCCCUUUAUUCCAACCUGGCGCUCAUUUACUUGACACAGAAGAACCACGAGAAGUUCUUCGCUUUGUCAGAACGCUUUUCUGCUUUGUUAAUGGCUGUCCCUGAUUGUUUGUUUGGCUGUGAGGAUCCUGAGGUGUUGAAGUAUGUGCUGAAAAAAGCCGUCCUGGCCAAAAGUCAGCUCGCUGAGGCCCGAGCCUGUUUUCUUCUGGCAAAGCUCCACCUGAAGAUUAAAGAUGCUGUGAGUGUUGUCCCGUUCAUUGAAAGGCUUUUAAUCCUUGCCGAUGAGCUUCCUGAAGUAUGUGAUGAGGCUAUGUGCCAUGUUUCCCUGGUGUUAGCGAGACUCUACAGUGAGCAGGGUUUACCUCGCCUGGCUGAAAGCUGUGCACGCCGGGCAUCACUUCAGGUAGGAGUCACCGUGUCCCACUGUCUCUGUGGUGUUUCUUUAUUACUGGAAAAUGCUCCAGAGCUACAUGGAGUGUCCAUCCCAACACAAGUGGCUCCAUUCCUGACCCGUGCUGCUGCUUUAGCCCCCCUGCACAAUGAUCCCACACUGGUUCACAUCCACGCUCUGUGUUUGUCCUGGCUCUUCCACAGACACAACAUGCCUGAAAGAGCUGUUCGCUACAUGUGCGCCAUCCUGGAACACUCUAGCAUGUCCAGCAUUGGCAAAUCAGACGCCACCACUGCGUUCAUCUGGCUGGCAUGGCUGUACAUCUGUAACCAGCAGCCUGGCACAGCUCUAGAAGUGCUGGAUGCUGUGCUGGCAUCACUGCCCGAACACUGCACUACUCAUCUGGAAGGUGUGGUUUACAACAUGCGGGCUAUUUCAUACAGACAUUCAGCAGAUAUCCGUCAGGCCGCUGAGAGCUAUCAAGCCGCGAUUGAGAUUUGUGAGGAGUUUGAGGAUAGACAUAACUGGGCUGUGGCGCUGGCCAAUUUUGGAUUCAUGUGCUUGCAAGUCAAAGCUAAAAGGCUGGCAGAGGAGAACCUGUGUCAGUCAAUGGAGCUUUUCUCUGGGCUUGAGGACGAAGGGCAUGAACUCAGCUUUAUUCUGGUGCUUCUCCAGUUGGGGAGACACUUUAUUUCUCAGGGAAACAGCGAGAGUGGGAAGAUCUACUAUGAAUGGGCCCUGUUGAUCGCCACUUAUAUCGAUAACAUUGAGAGCCAACUGCACACCACUCGUCACCUGUGUGAGCUUUAUGAAGAUGUGUGUCCAGAUGAAGCCCAGUGCAUCAUCUAUAAUGAGCACCAGCUCAACCUCCUCCAGCGGAUUGGAGACAAAAGUUCAGAAGCAGAGAUCCUUGAGAAGAUCAGCCAGCUCUACCUCAACCUGGCUACUGAGAAAGCUAACAGAGCUGCUUUAGAUUACACCAAACGAAGUCUGGCCAUCUUCAUUGACUUGGGCAAGAAACGCAAAGAGGCUCAUGCCUGGUUACGAGCGGGGAAGAUUUACCACAUCCUCCAACAGACAGAACUGGUGGACCUCUAUGUUCAGGUAGCUCAGGACAUGGCUUUGAACACGGGAGACACACUUUUCACACUGGAGAUGCUGGAGGCAGCUGGAGACGUGUUCUUCAACAGUUCACAGGACCGAGACAAAGCCAUCUGCUUUUACAGGGACCGAGCUCUUCCAAUUGCAGUGAAGACGAGCAGUGUUGGCUCUCAGCUCCGGCUGUGUAAUAAACUCUCAGAGCUUCUGCUGCAGCUGGGACAGAGUUCAGAGGCCCUUGAGUUUGCUCAGACUGCAUUAGACAUCAGCGUGAGUCUCGCUGACCGUUUGAAUGAGAGAGUGGCUUUCCAUCGACUUGCCACACUUUACCAUUGUCUGGGUCAGUUUGAAAUGGCGGAGCACCACUUUCUGAAAGCCCUGUCUCUGUGCCCAUCUCCCCUGCAGUAUGACGAGGAAGCCCUGUAUUAUGUCAGGGUUUACCAGACCCUUGGAGACAUCAUCUUUUAUGACGUAAAGGACCCUUUUGAUGCUGCUGGCUAUUAUCACCUGGCUUUGGCUGCUGCGAUGGAUCUGGGCAAUAAGAGGUCUCAGCUGCAGCUCUGCACCCGACUGGCCACCAUCUAUCACAACUUCCUCAUGGACCGUGAGCUCUCACUCUUCUUCUACCAGCGAGCACGAGUUUUCGCUAAUGAUCUACACAUUCGCAGAAUCAACCUGGCUCCAGACUACAGCUUCAGGUCCACAUCCCAGUACAAACACACGAUAACUGGGGCAGCAAGAUAGAACUUUACUUAAUUGGAUAUGACACUUCACUGCAUGUUUUGAUUUGGCUUGUGUGUGAAUUUCCUAUGUUUACUUUAUGUUUGCCGGAUGUUAUGUGUGUUGGUUGAUCUAUUUACAGAAUAUCUGACUCAUGUUGAUCGGUCCAGCAAGUGUUUACUGGAGUGAUACAGCUUUUAGGCACUGCUUGCUUUCUGUUUUAAUUCUAAAAUGGAAAAAAAAGUGACUUUUAUAUGACCUACUUGGCAGAAUAUCUCAUGACUGAAGCAAUCAGAUAUGUUAUUAUCUACAAUUAAUGAAGAUAAUCUUAAAGAAUCAUUCACCCAAACAUGAUAAUUACUGCAUAAUAUACCAACUCUCAUGCCAUU